CGAGCAGCGGCAGCCGCACAAAGGAGAGGCGGCGGAGGCGGCGCGCACGGUGCUCGGAGCCCCGGCCGGCGGCACUGCCCGGAGAUGUCGGGGGUGCUGGUAAUCGCUGCCUGGUGCUUCCUGCAAGUGGAGAGCCGGCAUCCUGAAAUCAUCACGAGUAACAGCAACCAUGGCAAUUUCCUGGACAACGACAAAUGGCUGAGCACCGUUUCGCAGUACGAUAAAGACAAGUACUGGAACAAAUUCAGGGAUGAAGUCGAAGAUGAUUAUUUCAGAAACUGGAAUCCAAACAAGCCUUUCGAUCAAGCCCUUGAUCCAUCCAAAGACCCGUGUUUGAAGGUAAAGUGCAGCCCACAUAAAGUGUGUGUCACUCAUGACUACGAAACUGCGAUUUGCGUAAGCCGCAAGCAGCUGGUACACAGCCUUCGACAAAAGAAAGGGAACUUGGCCCAGAAGCACUGGACUGGACCAGCUACCAUAGUAAAGUGCAAGCCUUGCCCCAUGGCGCAUGCCAACGCUGUCUGUGGCUCUGAUGGCCAUACGUAUACUAGCAAGUGCAAGUUGGAGUUUCAUGCAUGUACUUCUGGCAAAACCAUCACAGCUCGAUGCGAAGGGCCCUGCCCCUGCCUUCCAGGACCUGAGAGUUCAAAACACAGGGUGGAGAAGACCGCUUGCACAGACAAAGAACUGAGGAAUCUCGCUUCGCGACUAAAAGACUGGUUCGGUGCUCUUCACGAGGACGCAAAUCGUGUCAUCAAACCAACAAGCUCGGAGACGGCACAAGGCAGAUUUGACACCAGCAUACUACCAAUCUGUAAGGAUUCCUUAGGCUGGAUGUUCAACAAACUUGAUAUGAACUAUGACCUGCUGCUGGAUCCCUCGGAGAUCAGUGCCAUUUAUCUGGAUAAGUAUGAGCCAUGCGUCAAGCCUCUCUUCAACUCUUGCGACUCCUUCAAAGACGGAAAGCUGUCGAACAAUGAGUGGUGCUACUGCUUCCAGAAGCCGGGCGGUCUUCCUUGCCAGAAUGAAAUGAAUAGAAUUCAAAAGCUAAGUAGAGGGAAGAGUCUGUUGGGUGCUUUCAUCCCACGCUGCAAUGAAGAAGGUUAUUACAAAGCCACUCAGUGCCACGGCAGCACAGGGCAGUGCUGGUGUGUUGAUAAGUACGGGAAUGAGAUAGCCGGCUCAAGAAAGCAAGGGACAGUUAGUUGUGAAGAAGAGCAAGAAACCUCAGGGGAUUUUGGCAGCGGUGGAUCUGUUGUAUUGUUGGAUGAUUUGGAUGAGGAACCUGAAGCAGCAAAAAAAGACAAAGAAGGGAAACUGAAGAUUCAUGUAAGAGCAGCUAAUGAAGAUGAUGAAGAUGAAGAUGAUGAUAAGGAUGAUGAAAUUGGUUAUAUAUGGUAG